AUGAAGGGCGCUGCUCUAGUAUGCACACUGUUGGCCGGUGUGGCCUCUGCACACAUGCAGAUGAUGAAGCCCUACCCCAUCCGCAGUCCUUUGAACAAGGAUGCGAAGGGAAAGAAGGAUUAUUCCUAUACCAACCCUUUGCAAGCAUCCGGAUCUGAUUACCCGUGCAAGGGUUACGCCAAUGAUGAUUUCGACUCUCAGGCCACUUAUGCCCCCGGUCAGUCAUACGACAUGGAGCUGGAUGGUAGCGCCACCCACGAUGGUGGUUCGUGUCAGUUAGCUCUUACCUAUGAUCAAGGAAAGAGCUUCAAGGUCAUUGAGUCCAUGCUUGGUGACUGCCCCAUUCCCAAGAAGUACAACUUCAAGAUCCCCUCAGACGCACCUUCAGGAGAUGCUCUGCUGGCCUGGACCUGGUUCAACAAGGUUGGCAACCGUGAGAUGUACAUGAACUGCGCAAUGGUUACCAUCGGAGGUGAUUCCAAUGGCAACGAGACCGACACUCAGACCGAGCACACCAAGAACCACAAGCCUGCCCCGCAUGAAAAGUCAGAGGAGAAGGCUGCUCAUCCUCCUAUGGAAAUUGCCGAUUCGCACAAGGCCCAUCAACAGCGCGAUGCUAUGGUCGUUGACAAGCAGCUCAGCUUUGACAGUCUCCCUGAGCUGUUCGUUGCCAACGUCGACCAAGCUGGCAAGUGUGUGACAGUUGAGGGUGAAGCUGUUAACUUCCCUGAGCCUGGUGACAAUGUCAUGGGCAAGGUUUCGGGCAAGGGAUACAAGUGCUCUGGCGACGCUCCUUUCCUCGGCAGCGGCGACAGUGACUCCAGCAAUAAGACCGAAAAAACCGACAAGAACGAGAAGACUGAUAAGAAGGACGAUAAGUCCAAGUCUGCCACCAAGGAGAAGGAGGCCAACAAGAAUGCCACCCGCAGCACCCCUGAGUCUAUGUCCAAGAUCGCCCAGGCUUUCGGUACCUCACCAGCCGCUGAUACUCGUGUCGUCGGUACCAAGGCUAGCACCAACAACGAGUUCUCCAAGUACGUCACCGGAUGGUCUUGCACUUCUGGCGAGAUCCUUUGCUCUCCCGAUGGCUACAGCUGGGCUAUGUGCUCCAAUGGCGCACCCAUCUACAUGGGCGCAGUCGCUGCCGGUAUGGUCUGCCGCUUCGGUGCCAUGGUUACUGCUCAGUGGUAA